UUGCUUAUUUGGUCACACUGAAGUUUUUUUUUUCGUUCUGCGCACGCGUGUAGUUUUAUAUUUUGUUUUCCUUUUUUUUGGAUAAAAUGGAUCUUGAGAACCAUUAUUGCAUAAGUCAGAGAAAUGGCACUAUUUCCAUAACUACACGUAGCUUUAUUGACGAAGCCCACAAAUCCUCCCUGGAGGAGGGAGCAGGAGAACUCUAUUUAACUUGUAUACCCAAGAGCUGUAGUGCGGAAAAGGUGGCGCAGGUGGCCGGCGAACUGGGUGAGAUCUACGCCCUGCGCUUCAAGAUCGAUUUCUCGGGGUACAGUCGUGGCUUUGCCUACCUGCAAUAUGUCAGUACGCCCCUCAAGGAAGCUGCACUGAAGUAUCUGCCGAGGCGAUUUCGCCAGAUGAACCUCCCCAUCGUGGUGAUGGCAUCGGAGAAUAACCGCGAGCUAGUGCUGAAACGGGUGCAGUCGCUCAGGCCCUGGCAAGUUUACCAGGAGAUGCGCAAGAUAUAUCCCUUCACCAUCCUGCGGGUCUACGAGCACCGACCCACCGACGAGUUCAUCUACAUCUUCCGGUACCGCAACAAUGACACUGCCGCAUGUGCCCAUCACAGCAUAAGAAAUACCAUCCGAAGGUUCGGGGCGCGUGCUCGCAUAUCCUGGCUAUGUCGAGGGCACUUCUUGAGUGGGGAGGAAUUUAACGUCCAUUGCUGCCGAAAGAUACAGGACUGUUGGUUAUCUAACGCAGUUAGAGAAAAUUGUUGUUGCGCGAUUUAAAAGCAGUUAAAGGUAGAGGUUCAGAUAGAGUAAGUUACUUUCUUGUCUGCAUAAGCUGAAAAGGAUUUAAAAAAUUGUGUUUUAAAAUACUUUUGUGGUUUGUUUAAAUUACAAUCAGUAUUCAGUUUUAAGUACAACUUAGUUUAAUGGAAAACUUUUUAACUUUUGAUAAACACUUGUAUUAAUGUCAUCGUUUAAGGUACAUUAUUUUUUUUUUGGAAAUUUCUUGCCUAUCACCUGCAAUUUUUUUAUGUUUUUAAUAAAAAUGUAAAAAGCUAUA